AUGGAAACAUGGUUCAUCACACUGACGGCGAUACUCUUGCCCCUGGUCGUCUUCGUAAUCACCAUCCACCACCGCCAGACGCAACAACGAGAACAAAAGCCGUUUCCCUUUCUAGAGUUACCCCAAGAGUUACGGGACAUGGUCUACGAACACUUUCUCGAUGACCCCGUAUACCCCGCGCCACCACGCCCAUCAUUUCACGCACCUUCCGUAGUAUCGUGGAUGAACCCGAGCCGCUGGACCUUAUCAACACCAUCACGCCCCCGCCAACGCAACAACAAAUGCAUCUUCCUCACCAACAAGCAGAUCCACGCAGAAUACAUGGACAUGCUAUGUAAACGCCGCACCUUCCACUUUUCCGUCUCCCCAGAAACCUACAAAUCUCUCCCUGCCACUCCUCUGCCCCCUCCUCCCCCCACCACUACCGUCUCAACACCAGAACCCACAGACGUCUGGAACAUCUCCCCCGCCACCCUCUCCAAAAUCCGCCACUGCUCCCUCAGCCUCAUCACCACGUCCGCUAUGCUCGGCGUCACAGACCCACGCUCCAUGACCUCAUCGUCUUGGUCUCUCGGCCGCCGCAUGCGCCAACAGCUCAAACACAUGUCAUCCAUCCAGACCUUCACGCUCGACGCAAAAGCCCUCGGAGACCCCCUCUGGAAUCCCCUGUGGAUCUGGUACCACGCCUCGCAGUCGCUCAAGCUGCUCGGCACAGACAUGUCGGAUACGGUGCCCCGGGGCCCUCAGCUGAGUCGUAUCACCUUUUCGCUGGAUACGUGGUCGCCCGGUGAGAAUUAUCUCGAGAGGCAGCCCGAAGGCUGGACGUGGUAUUGUGCAAGGGGACAUGCGGUUGCCACUGAUUUCGGGCACGACAUGACGGUCAGGGAGUUUUGUGCAAAACUGUACAAGGAGUGUAGCGUUUGUUGGUCGGUUGCGGAGGAGGAGGAUUUCUUGUAG